AUGCGCUCCUGGAUACCGCUUGUUCUUCUUCUCGCAGUUUUGGCUAUUGCAGCCCAUGCUGGUUCCUCUUCCGAGAGCAAUGAAUCUCGUCCUCCAAAGAAAGGUUCUCGCAAGUCUUCUGAGUCGGAUUCGAAUUCAGACGAAUCCUCGGAUUCGUCUGAAGAGAACAACCGUUCUUCGUCCGCUUCAACUGGUUCUUCAUCUAGUGUUUCAACAGGUGUCCCAUCUAGUGAAUCCACUUCUGCUUCCGUUGAAAUCUUGAUGGCUGAACCUGAUGUUCUUCCUGGUCCAGGUGACAACCGUGUGAAGAGAUCCCUCCCAAGCUUCUUCGAUAUCCGCAAGAAACGUGGACUUCCAUCUGCGUACGAUAUUCGCAAGUAA